GGCGAAGGGGGGGUGGACGGAAUUUCCUCUUGGAGGCCGCAAGCUAGUGUUCCUCGGCUGGAGUACUGUUAGUAUCGUGGCUGCACUUAUUUUCAUACCUCUGUUAAAAAUCUCUGGAUACUAGAUCGGGUAGUCGCUUGUGCUUGGACGCUGUGAUUUAUAGUUUAGCGGCAACUAAAUCUAUUGUCCUGUUUUUUUUAUUUGUUUAUUGUUCUUCCAGCAAAUGAUUUUAGCAAAAGCACCUAAUACCGAUUCGGAGCGUUGCGAUACAAAGUCCGGCUGACAAAGGGGGACACUUCCCUCUGCACCCCCGGCACUGUGCAGCACAUCUCUUCAAGUCGUAUUAAGAUGCAGCUGCGCCUUUAACCUGCUUAUUUACAUAGCUGUAGUGAGAUUAGUAGUUACAUACUUUGCUGCGAUCUGAAAAUCCAUUUCGCUGCUGUUGCACGCCGUUGUGUUACUGCCCAAGAUCGUCGUGCUGAUGGAAACCCUGCGGACGGCGCACGAAAGCUGGACUCCCUGCAGCAUUUAAUUCCCUUCAGACCAUUUUCAGCAGCGGAAAGGAUUGUGCAUAGUGGGACGAGCUCUAACAAGUCGGACGUACAACUGGUAGGUCGAGAAAAUCUAGGCGCAGCUCGGCCGAAAACUCGGAACAUGACAAAAACAAAGCAGACCUACUACAACUUGCACAGAUCGAGACGGGUCUCACUUUCCAAAUAAUAACCCCCACCUGCCACUUCAAAUAUGUCAUCAGCUCACCUCAGUACAGCUCUGAUGGUCUGGCCCUGUGAAGCCUGAGAGAGCUGAUCUGCUGGACCACGCCAUUCAGCAUGUCUGGGGUCCAGGCAGCGUGGUCACCUGGCACCGAGUGCGUCGCCAAGUACAACUUCCAGGGCACCAGUGUGCAGGACCUGCCCUUCUGCAAGGGAGACAUCCUCACCAUCGUUAGCGUCACCAAGGACCCGAACUGGUACAUGGCCAGGAACGCAGUGGGGGGAGAGGGCAGUAUCCCGGCCAACUAUGUCCAGAAGCGAGAGGGCGUGAAGUCGGGGGACAAGCUCAGCCUCAUGCCCUGGUUCCAUGGGAAGAUCACGCGUGACCAGGCAGAGCAGCUGCUCUCUCCACAUGAGACGGGUCUCUUCCUGGUGCGCGAGAGCACCAACUUCCCGGGCGACUACACGCUGUGCGUCAGCUACGAGGGCAAGGUGGAGCACUACCACAUCAUCUACCACGACGGCAAGCUGUCCAUCGACAAGGAGGAGUACUUCAGCAACCUCAUGCAGCUCGUUCAGCAUUACACCAAAGACGCAGACGGCCUCUGCACCCGACUUGUCAUCCCCAAGGUCAUGGAGGGAACGGUGGAAGCUAUGGAUGAGUUCUUCAGAAGUGGGUGGGCCUUGAGCAGAAAGGACCUCAGGAUACUGAGAUGCAUCGGAAAGGGGGAGUCUGCAGACGUGAUGGUGGGUGACUACAGAGGGACCAAAGUGGCUGUGAAGUGCAUCAAGAACGACGUCACCGCACAGGCCUUCAUCGCUGAGGCGUCGGUCAUGACGCAACUCCGACACAACAACCUCGUCCAGCUCCUCGGUGUCAUCGUGGAGGGAACGGGAACUCUCUUUAUCGUCACAGAGUACAUGGCCAAGGGCAGUCUUGUCGAUUACCUGCGAUCUCGCGGUCGGACGGUACUGGGAAGGGACUGUCUGCUCAAGUUCUCUCUGGACGUGUGUGACGCCAUGGAGUAUCUGGAGGCCAACAACUUUGUCCACCGGGACCUGGCGGCGCGGAACGUGCUGGUGUCGGACGAGAACAUGGCCAAGGUCAGCGACUUUGGCCUGACUAAGGAGGCGUCCUCCAUGCAAGACACGGCCAAGCUGCCCGUCAAGUGGACCGCGCCGGAGGCCCUCAGGGAGAAGAAAUUCUCCACCAAGUCUGACGUGUGGAGCUACGGCAUCCUGCUCUGGGAGAUCUACUCCUUUGGCCGCGUGCCCUACCCCCGAAUCCCCCUGAAGGACGUGGUCCCCCGUGUAGAUAAAGGAUAUAAGAUGGACGCCCCGGACGACUGUCCGCCCGUGGUCUAUGACAUCAUGAAGCAGUGUUGGAACCUGGACCCAGCAGGGAGGCCCAGCUUCUGCCGGCUGAGGGAGAGGCUGCUGCACAUUAGGGCCAAGGAGCUCUGCCUUUGAGGGGGGGGCAGCCUGCUGAAUACCUGGCAAUGUGUAUCUCCCCCCCCCCCCCCCCGAGACUGCAGCCUUCUCACUCUGCCCAGUGCGGCAUGCCCCAUGUGACCCCCCCCUUCCCCCACCAUUAGUCUUGUUUGAUGCUUCGUUGCUCCUCCCACCCCCCGCCCCCCCCAGGCCCGUGUUUCCACACCGACUAUGUGGCAUAUGAGGAUGGACCGUCUUUGUCACUGUGCCGAAGUGCCUGCAGACCACAGAGCACUUUUCUCCUCAUACCGCCCCCUACAGGCCUGACAUUCCCCGACAUCGUGCCUGUUUUAUUUCCCAUGAAUCCUUUUUUUUUUUAAUUGGUUUGCUUCCCACCUUGUGCCCUCGAGUACUGACACCACGACCAAACUGGAGAGCAGACGGACGGCGACCCCGGGGGGGGCAGAAAAACACUGUGGAGUGGCAGUGCUUGCGGGACACUCAUUAGGCACGCAGAAAAAAACUUUUCAAAGGAAAAGUGGACUUUCUUUCUAUUAAUCUUAUUUAAAGGACAAGGAACAUGAUUUCUGAGGCAGCCGGAAGUCGGCGCUGACCUUGGUCUGUGCAUGAUUGUCAUGUGAGACGUUUCUUCGGUUUGCCGGCUCUGCUUUUAAUGUUUGCCGUUUUCUCUCUGCUGUCAUGACUACAAAUAAAUCAUUCCACCUGACUGGACCCGGAACAGAA